AUGGCAUCGAAGUCGCGGAGCUCCGGCGGCUGCUGGACCUGCCGCCUCCGGCGCAAGAAGUGCGACGAGGAACGGCCGCUCUGCCAGGGCUGCCUGUCUCUCGAGAUCGACUGCCUGUAUAGCGACGACAAGCCCGAGUGGAUGGAUGGCGGCGAGCGGCAGAAGCAAAAGGCCGAGUGGCUCAAGCAGGAAGUCAAGCGCAAAGCCGCCCAUCGCCGGGAACGCCGUUACCUGCAGGGCUUGGAGGUCCGCCUCGAGUCCCUCGACGCGUCCCUCACCGACGAUAGCGACUCUACGGCGCCAAAGGUCCUGAUCAACGCUGCACCACCGCCCACCAGCGUAUCAGGCUCCACAACGCCACCUUCCAGAGCCCCUGGAUCCGUGCCAAGCUCUGUCUUCGGGUUCAGUGGUACCCAGUCCGAUUCUCCGCCGUCCGCCCCGUCGCCGGACGAGCCUGUCGACUUGCUGGCUUUGCCUAGCCGCCGUGUGAUGCCAGCAGUGAACGACGAGCUAGAAGCGCAAUUGAUCAUGAUGUACUUGGACUACGUGUUUCCCUUCUUGUUUCCGUACUAUCGGCCGUCGUUUGCUGAUGCCGGGCGGGGAUGGCUCCUCGUCCUUCUGACCAAGAACAAGGCGCUGUUCCACUCCGCUCUCAGCCUGGCGGGCUACUUCUAUGGGAUUAUUCUCAACCACAUCAGAGACUCGCCUCCUCAGUGCCUGAGUCACAACCUGGAAGCGCUCCACGAGCAGCAGGGCCUUGCACUUCAGUGGCUGCAGCGUGAGAUGCAGGACAUCAUCACUCGAGGCGUCAAGGGCAAUCUCGCCGAGGCGAACCGCGUCAUGGCCAGCAUCGUGCAGCUCUUGACCUGCGAAGUCGCCAUUGCGAACCCGGGCAACUGGCCUAUGCAUCUGGAUGCCGCAGCCGAGCUCUUCAACGAGAUCAUGAAGCACCACUCGGUAACCGAGCGCGGCCACAACUGCUUUAUGAUGGUGUUGCUGAAACUGGGCUCGCGACCCUUCAGCUGGACCCCCAAGAACCACCCGUGGGGCUCGGACCAGGCCAUCCUGCGCUUUUUCACCGCUCAACUGCUCUUUUUCGAUACGCUGGCCGCCACCGCUUUGCAACGGCCGCCGCGACUGCAGUUCUGGCACAACCAUCUCAUGUUGAUCCCGGAGGAUGAAGAAUGGGCUCGCAUGCCGGAGAGCGAGAAGGAGCAAACCAUGCCGCAUAUCAACCUCCAAGAGUUCUUUGGAGUUGAGAACUGGGUCAUCUUCUCCAUCGCAGAGAUCGCGGCCCUCGACGCUUGGAAGAAGGAGAUGAAGCGAGCGGGGUCUCUAUCCGUCAGCCAGCUCGUAGCCCGCGCCAAAGCCAUCGAACAACGUCUCCGGACGUCGUUGGAAACGUUCGACGAGGCUCGCGUGAACGCCAGCGGGCUGUCCUGGGCUGAUGGAUCGGAGCACCUCUUGCAGUAUUUUGCCGGCCGGUUCUCGCCGCAAACGAUGCACGGGUCCGCGGUGAACACCCGGAUCUGGGCACAGGCUGCAAUAACCUACCUGGGUGUCGUCAUGUCGGGCUGGCAGCCCUCCUGCUCCGAGAUUCGCGAUUCGGUCGCGCAAACCAUCAACCUGCUCCUCGGCCUCCCUAGCCCAGACUGCCUGCGGACCCUGGUGUGGCCAUUUACCGUCACCGGCUGCCUCGCCGCUCCGGAUCAGGAGCAGUUCUUCCGGGACAUGGUUGCCGGCAUGGGUCCGCUCAAAGUCUUUGGCACCAUCCGGGAGGGCCUCGCCGUCAUGGAGAAGGUCUGGGAACGCCGGGCAGAGAUAGAUGGAAACCCAGACCAGUGGGAUCUCGCCGCCUGUCUCAACUGCCUGUCCCAGCCGACGUUGCUGAUAUGA